AUGGCGCCCGAUCCAACGGCAGAGGAUGUUGACAACUUUCUCGAGUUCUCGGGACUGGACCCCGCGAGAGACCGCAACAUCGUGAUCACAGCACUCAAGAGCAACAGCAAUCGGGAUGAGCUUGCGUCAGAGGUCUUGAUAGAUGGAGUCGAUGUGUUUCGGAGAAAGUACACUUGGGAUGACACAGCGUUUGGGGCGGGUCGCGAAGGAGAGCCGAAUCACACUGGGAUAGCUUUCAACAUCGAAGCGCCCGACAAUGCCGUCAUACAAGGCGUUAUCCCUCCGCCCGACAACGGCUUCUACGGGCCUUCCGCAGGCGCGCCCUCACGACCACCAUCGAGAACAAAUAAUCGAUCGCCGCUUGGAGCCCCUAGUACCGCUGCGCAAGAAGAGGAUGAUUACAACCGGGCUAUUCGUGACUCCCAACGGGACGCAGACUACGUACCUCAGGAAGCCGGCGUCACGGGCGGCGGCGCCAACGCCCCGCAUUUUGGACCUGCCAACCGGUCUGACUAUGAUCAGAACAGUUGGGCCAUGGUGACAACCGCAACGAGCUCUUACCAGACGACAGUCGACGACGAUCCCGCACCUUCUGCGAGAAAGCGAGAGGAAGACGCUCCGGCGUUCCUGGUCCAGAGAACCACGGCACGCACGUCGAAGCACCAUCUAGAUUCUGUGUUAACUAUUCUGCAUGAGAUUCCCCUUGCACGCAAUAUCCUACUGCAGGGUGGCGAACAAGCCGCCAGUUAUGGCCACAACAGCGAAUGGUGGAAAGGUCAACCGAUCUAUGCUCCUCACGUCCUUGCCGCCAUGAGCCAAGGCGAGCUUCUGUGGGCCGAAGACACGAAACCAGACUUUCAUGAGGAGAUUCAUCGCCUGAUGGCCUUUCUAGAUCUGACCGAGAGAAGCUACGGGUCUAUCGAUUCCAUGGCCGAUCUGGUUCCCAAAACCACCUUCGCAACAGAGAGACAGUUCUUUGACACACUCGUAGAAAAGACUGAUGCCGAUGUCAUCAAACCCCUGACGCACUUGGCAUGCCCCAUGUCUACGGGCACACUGGAAAAGACUCAAGAUCCACAAAGAUUUGCAUUCUUGAAUUUCGAGUUGACGAAAAGCCAGUAUGAAAAGACGACGACUCUGUACGAGGCGUGGAACUGGAUUGUGUGGCACGACGUCAUGACGUGGCUGGAGCUCAAUGCAGAUACCGGAAUGGUUGUUCUCGAUGACAUGGGCGAGGUCAUGACGGUCGUUAUUGACGGCGAUGGCACACCCGAGAAACUCGACAUUCCCGAAGUGUGGUAUCCUGAGCGCUAUCUCGAGAGUCGAAAAGAAGAGGCAAAGAUCUGCCAAGAACACCUUGCUUGGGUGCAUAGGAUGCUCUACGAAGCAGAGUCCAAAGAGUUCGAGCUUACCAAGUGGAUUGAUCCGAAGACGGACAAGGUUCACAACAAGGAGGAAAUGCUUGAAAAGACGAUCAAAGAGUACGAGAGCCACGUGCGCUACUUGGAUGGCCUGGGGCGGUUUAGAGAGCUGCGAAAGUCGGAUGACGAUGAGCAAGGCAAUAUCCGUUUGGAAGAUGUGCCGUGCGUCUUGUCUGAAGCUGAAGAAGAACUGUUCAAAAGCUCGCAAAAGGUGCUCCAGAGAUGCAAGUGGCAGCUUGCUCAAGUCAAGGAGAAACAGCAGAAACUCAAGUGGGAACGUGAGAGGCUUGAGGAAAGGAAGCAAUACCUCAAUGCUCUACUCACAGACCCUGACAAGCCAGGCUUGAGGAAGCCCUUCACCGGCAAGAAGUACCUCUUGAGGGGAAUAGCAACACAGCAGAACGUGACAUAUGUCUGCAGGCGAGCCGAGCCGACACUCAUAGACAUUGACGAGACACCGACUUCGGUAGAUCAGUGGUGGCGCUUGUCGUAUAGUGCCAAGCAAUAUGCAAAGGCCGAGAAAUACACUUUCCAGCAAGUGGUGGAUGCAAUCUACUUUGAGACCAAGAACCCGUUGCUCGUGUAUGCUACAGAAGAUGCAAUCAACACACCUGUGGCACCUCUUUCCGACGCCCUUUUACGUUUCGCCAAGGCUGAGAACAAGAUUUUCAGGCAGGAACUGAACCAGGAAACUACGGACGAAGUGUCGAACCUGAGAAACACGAAUAUGUCACCAAUUUCGCCGUCCAAGAGGAAAUAUCGGUCGGGCAGCGUCGACUCCAUGGCAACUAAUCGAGCUUCGUUGGGGAACAGCGAUACAAACUCCCGCGCCGGGGAUUUCGAGAUUGAAACGGAUCCCUUUGGCGACGGAGACGGCACCAUGGACACGGAGAUGACCGAUCUGGCAGCAAGACAAGGUAACACAGAGACGCAAGACCAGAGCCUAGUCCAGGUCAUGUACUCUAGUGAGACGCAAGACAAGGCACGAGGUUACGGCACCAAAUCGACCGGCAUUGGCCAGGACCCACGGCUAUCGGCCAAUGCUCCGACCGACGACGUUACUGAGAUUAGUCGCACAGUGACACCAGACCUUGAAGAGCCGGCCAAGGGACCCGAGAUGCAGGAACGGAGCGGAAGCGGGGCCGGAUCGCCAUUCAUGGCUAGACACUCGAUUUACGGAACGGCACACGACCCAAGAGAUGAGCAAAAGACGAUAAAAAUGAUGGACAUGGAAAUUCCCGACGAGCAUCAGUAG